ACAAAAUCGAAGGCACUGGGAAGACUAAAUGUGGUUUCCUUAUAAAGAAGAGCUUUACACCUUAUGAAAUAUCGAAAGAUCAUAUUCAUACAAAAUGUCCAGGAAUUUAUUUUCAAUGGGCUUUUCUCCACAUUGCCAUCAAUGCUGUAAAGGAUGGAACAGCAGAUUAGAAAUAAUUUUUAACCGUGUUAAAUGUCAAAUGAAAAUUCCAAGGAGGCAGAUGGCAACUCGAUCUCAAAUGUCCUCAAAGAAGUCACCCCCCAUCAAAUUCAAAACAAUGUCCACACCGGAGGUCAAAACAGAUGAACUUGGCACAAUUUCCAAAUUUAUCUUGGCAAUGUUUCCCAUAACAGCUUAUGGACUGGCAUAUUGGCAGUACGAGAGAAGAAAGUGGAAGCUGAAUCUUUUAAGCAUCAUUGAUGAGAGAGCAGGUGCAGAGCCAGUGCCCCUUGCAGAUCUAAUGCCUUCAAAAAAUUUGAAAGAUUUGGAAUAUACCCCAGUAUGGUUAGAAGGAGAAUUUGACCACAAACGAGAGUCGAUGGUUGGGUUUCGGCCAAAUUUCCAGCCUGAACUGACUCCCGAGGGAUUCAAAGCCAACCAUGGUGUGUUAAUUGUCACUCCAUUUAAAAUGAAGGACACUGGCCGUGAAGUAUUAGUAAAUCGAGGAUGGGUACCAAGGGCAUGGAUGGAUCCAGAUACAAGAAAAGAAGGGCAGAUAACUGGAAAUGUCAGAAUAUCUGGGAUGCUGAGAAACAAAGAAAAUAGAAAUCCUAUGGAUGUAAACCCCAUUCAGGAUCCACACAACUCUAGAUUCUUCAGUUCCAGAGAUAUACAAGUGAUUUCCAGCUUUUUGGGAACUGAUCCAGUAUUUAUAGAUUGUGAUCUAAAAAGCAGUGUAGAUGGUGGACCUCUGGGAGGACAGACUAAUCUAAGGUUCAAUAACAGACAUAUGGAGUACAUACUUACAUGGCUGGCCCUGGCAAUUGGUAUGUCUUUCCUGUGGUACAACAGAGUUUUCCCUAGGACAAUGGGGACAAGAUAUACUAGGAAGCGUUCCUGAUGAAUUGUUAUAUUGUGAUUUAUUAAAUUUCAUUCUGAAUAUCAA